ACCUGAACCAGGAUCUGACUGGUUUAGGUUGUUACCGUGCUCUGGAAGUGACAUUUUAUAAACCAGUGGUGCGAUGUAAUUCCUUCGAAACGAUGGUUUUUAAUGGAUUUUGUUAAACGAUCCUCCGUUUUAAUGUUUGUCUCCUAAAACAAUACGAUCGUGGUGUGAGGAGGAGCGAAUGUCCCAUGUUGUAGUAGUGCCUCUGUGAAAUGCUGGCCUGUCUGCCAGGACCAGGUGAACUAUCCUUCCCGCUUCAUUCUCACACGCAGAUGAACACUGGACUUCAGAAAUGGGACACUACACAGAAGAUGAGAUCUGCACAAUAUCCAACCCCAGCGGAAUUGGAUGCUUAUGCUAAGAAAGUUGCCAACAAUCCACUGACUAUAAAAAUCUUCCCAAACAGCGUCAAAGUACCCCAGAGGAAACACAUUCGCCGGACUGUGAACGGACUAGACACUUCUGGCCAACGAUACAGUCCUUACCCGUCUCAGGCUAGCACUAAAGCAGGGCUGCUUGCCAUCGUGAAGGUUCCCAUAAAAGGGAUCAUCAAAGACUUUGACGGCAGCCGCACACGCUUGUUACCCGAAGUCAUCAUGAACCCCCCCAGCGGGCCCUACAUGACACAGAGCACUUUAACCCUCCCUCAGACUCUCCCCCACCCACAGGCACUAAUGCGCCCCCAAAUCCUACCGCAGCAGCAACAGAGUUUGCAGCACCAACAGACUUUGCAGCUGCAGCAGCAGCAGCAGCAAUCCCAAGGCUUGCGACAACCCCAGACUGUAUCGCAGCCUCCGAAUUUACAACACCCACAGCAGGGCUUGCCCCAGGCUCAGACUCUAACCCAUCCACAGCAAAAUCACCCCCACCCCCACUCCCAGAAUAUGGGCCACGCCCCUCCAAAUGUGUUGCUGCAGCAGCCACCGCUGGGGUUGCAUGGGAACAGGAAGAUGCCGGAUGCCGACGCACCGCCUAACGUCACCGUGUCUACCUCAACCAUUCCGCUCUCCAUGGCUGCCAGCCUGCACCAAAACCGAGCGGCCGACCUGAGCAGCAUCGUGCACCAGAUCAACCAGUUCUGCCAGGCCCGGGCUGGCCUUGGCUCUACCUCGGUCUGUGAGGGACAGAUAGCGAACCCCAGCCCCAUCAGCCGGAACCUGCUGAUCCAUGCCAGCUCCCGGGUAUCCACCCACCACAUACCCACCCCCAUGCCAUCCUGUAUCAUCAACUCCGUUGACCAGGCGACGGCGGCUGCUGCUACAGCCACCACUCUCCCUCCCUCUGCCAUGGCUGCCAUGAACAGGGUGCCCACUGGGUACCACAACGACAUGAAGCAGCGCUCCUGGAACCAGCACCUGCUGCCCCACCUGCAGCAGAUGUCUGAUAACGGGCUGGGGCAGCACCCCGGAAAGCACCACCCGAGGGACCUCCCAGGGGGAUUUCCCUGCAAGACCCUCGGCUACCCGCAAGAGCUGUGUUUGGGCCAGCCUUUUAGCUUGAAACCCCCGGUGGACAAGCCCACGCCUUCCCCACCAGUCAAUGGGAUGCCUGGCGCCAUGCCCUACACGAAUGGGCACUACUUUCAACCCAUCUGGAAUAACAUUCUGCCAACGCCAAAUAGUGACAGCUCCGGGUCUCUGGACCUGGCUAUGCCAUUCCAUGGAGGUCCCUCAGGGCCUUCGAUAGACUGUGUCCCGGGGACUCAUUACAGAGCUGGAGCAGGUUCCUCCAGCCAGACUAACGUGAUGCAGACCAUGGAUUACCUGGGCGGGGACUACCAGCAGCCUUGCUUUAGGGAUCAAAAUCUAGGGAUGAUGGGCAAAAUGCAUAGGCCUCCAAUGAGUAGGGCUCCAGAACCAACUGAUAAUAGAAAUACUCACCACCAACACCCAGGGUACAGAUAAGCUACAGCCACGUCUACACAAUCGCAAUCUGUUUUGGUCUUAAAAGUUUAUAAUUAGUAGCGUUGUUUUUGUUGUCGAACUUGCACGUGAUCAAUAUUGCAUUUGCUAAAUAGCAGACUGUGAUGUCGGGUGUUUUUGUACUGUGCUGUUUGUCAGAAGGUAUGUGGGCAUUUUGUUUUGCGUUCUCACACCUCCCCUUGAGAAACUAAAUAUGGGCAAUAGAUGCUUUUAUAGAACUUACUUUGCAUUUGUCUUUUAAGUCUGCUUUGACUUGGUUGUAACAGUGUAAGCAUCCGUAUUUUGAUUUUUAUUUUGUUGGUGUGUUGUGAUUUUAAUAUUUCCAGUGCUUUCACCAGCUGAGCAGCAACUUUCCUUUGCAGUGUCACCUUGCUAACCUUUUAACUUUUGUUCCCACCCCUGAAUAUACUGAAAACUACAUUUAGAUUAUCUUGUAACUGCACUAUUUUAAAAUAUUUUAUGUUAAAAUUCUUUACUGUUUUUGUUUUUUUUAAAACUCUUGCACUAGUGUAAGAACAUAAUGUUAGUGAUUUUAAUACUGCACGUGUGUAAAUGCACACAUGUACGGACUAGGGGUGCUGGAUUCUGUUUAAUUUAUUAAAGGUUUAACUUUUAAAAAAAUAAAUAUGGCUUCUGAUUUUUCUGUGUUUUACCCAGACUUUUCUCCUCUAAUUUAAAAGUUCAAUUGAUACCUGUUAAGCCAUUCAUAUAUCUCAAUCACAACUGAGAAACGUGUUGAUAGUAAAAUGUAUUUAAUUUACCUUUUUUUUUAGUUGUUUUUAUUGUGAAACUAAAUGGGAUUUUAAAUCACAAGUCUUGUUUCAAAGCAGAAACGACUCAUCUGUAUUGUAAAUACAGUCACGCAUAACGAUUGUAGUAGUGUGUCCAGCAUAAAAUACUUGAUUUUUUCAUUAGCGCUUUAAUAAAGAUUAGCCAUUUAUUAACAUGUUGCGAUCUAGUUUGUACGUUCUGCUUAUAAAUGAAAAAGGCAGGCUUGGCUGAUUUUAAAAGCCCUUUAAGUUGUUUCACAGAAAAAGAAAACACUUCAAUUAAAUCAGUGUUACUAUUAACAUGUUUCUCAGUUGUGAUUGAGAUACACAAAUGGCUUAACAGGUAUCAGUUGAAUUCUUAAUUGAGAGUAGAAAAGUCAGGGUAAAGCACCAAAAUCAUAAGCCUUAUAUAUAAAUAAAUGUAUAAAAACAGUGCAGCAAUGCAACAAAAUAUUAGCAUCGGGGGUACGAUAAUGGUCCGUUUUGAUUAGAGGGCGAGCAUUAUUUACAGAAAUGUUAUGCAGUCUUCAAACACUGCUAAAAUCCAAAUCUGUAAUCUGUCCUGCUUACUGUAUAUAAGAGACAAUGACUAGUAAUGUUCACACCACACCGACUUUAUUCCAAUUACGGUAUCACUUUAAUUCAGAGAAAGACUCCUGACAUUUGCAGGAUCAAUAUUCUGUUUAUAUAAAAAGAGAAAGUCCUUUACUAAUGGCAAUAGUUUGUACUUGUCUGACUGGCAGCAGUAGGAAAAAGAGACCAAAAAAUAAACCUAAAAUGUAAGCAAUCUUCUCUUGCAUGCAAGUUGUGAUGAUCUCACUAGUCAACCGUGUAAUGUUUUCAUCCCGAGUUUUAUCUCAUUUCCUAGCACUGCUAGCAUACACUUGUCUGGGCCCCACAUCCCCCGUGCUAGAUCCAGCAGUAGAAGCACGCGUUGUGUGUACAGGGUGCUGCUUUAUCAUGUGCUUUAACAUUGCUCUUGUGCUGCCACUGUAACUAAGCUCUGCAGAGCACGGCUUACAUUAUCGAAAUAUGCCCAGACAGGGCUUCGCGUAUUUCAAACUCUCAAAGAUGACUUUGCUAGUCACGUGGGUAAAAGCAUGCUGGACAUUGGGAGGUGAAGAUCCAGUGCCACGUGACAAAGGCAUGAAGUAGACCACCAAAAAAAAACUGAGUAGCCGUUAUUUGACACAGUUUUUAAACGAAGCAAAAUUAAAAACGUUUGACGCUUUACUGACGUUUUAAACGCUGAACUAUUAACAACUCUAAUAUGGACAAACUGUGUGACCCCUGUGAAAUUGAUUUUGAAUUCAGAACCCAUUGUGCUCAUGAGCUAGUCUUUUUUAAUGGAGAGUGGAGCCCACACUUAAUAUAAAAUUGGGGAGUGGGUAUGUUUAACAAAUGUCUAGCUCUUAGAAUUUCAGCUUUGUCAGUUAUUGAAACCUCUAAAGUGAUGUGUAGGUGGUGGAAGCUUGAAUGGUGAUGUUUUGUUUGCCUGUGGAAGGUUGGGUUAAUGCACGCACAACUACUUGCCUUCAUUAGAUUCCAUUAAGUCUUGCUGGCCUCCAAACAAAUGGCCACCAGUCCAGUAAAUGCAUGAUUGUUCAUAUCCCAUUUAGAGACCUAAUGGGGGAAAGUAAACUAUGAAGAUGAGAACAAUGAAAGGUAGUAAAUGGAAUUACUGGCAUUUUCUAGUCCAUUAGACACAGCUACUUGUACAACUACUGCUACUACUUGAAUCGCAAACUUGCAGAGGGAUUUGGAAAACACUACUAAUACCAUUGCAAUUCUUCCACGUUUUUUGAAUGUUUACGAAGUCUCUAUUUUAUUUUAUGUCUCCCUGCCCCUGAUGAUACAGAUGCUAAAAUGAAGGGUUUAUUGUUAUCUGUGAAAUGUAUUGAUCACAUGCAGGUUUGGGGGUAAAAACAGCAACAUGCAUUGUUUAUUUUAUUGUACACUGGCUUAAAACUAUACUACUGUAACUUAAGUGUAAUAACUCUGUAUGAAUGUUGCCUGUUGUGGGUUUGAGUAACGUUGUGUAUGAGUGGACCCACUGGCAUCUGCAGCCCAUAUGCCUCCCUCACAGCUCUUCAAAAAGCCUUAAGUAUUUGCUCCUCGAACUUUCCUUAAACAAGCAUGGUAUAAAAGGAACAAGCGUGUUUUUUUUUUUUUUGUGAAGCUAGAGUUGGAUAGAAAUUAUUUAGUUUCUUAAAUGAAAAAAAAAAGUAAUAUUUUAUUGUAAUUUAAGUUUUGAUAGAUAUGUGUAGUACUGGGCUGUAACAAAUGCCUUUUCAGGUUUCAAAGCUUCAUUUUUUGCUUUUUGUGACUAUUUAUAUUACUUAAUUUGCUUAUUUAAUUUUUGGUUUUUGUUUUUGCUAUAGCUGUCUGUCAAGAGAUCCUUUUUAAAAUGGGGACUUUCCUGAAGGAGCAGCAUUAGGCAAAAGCCUGUGGCUAUGUCAACAAAGAUGAGAGAGUGAGAUUUGUGCUACCCUUUUGUAAUAAUAAAAUUCUAAUUUAUGCUUUUGAAGGCAGUGCCAUACAGAUGCCCUAUUUAUGCAUAUGUUAUCUCCUUUAAAAUCUAUUUUAUAUGCAAGCCUGCAGAGAUGAUACUAAAGCACUAUGUAACAGUAUAGAAAAGUGUUACCUAUCUGGAGAAAAUUAACAGGGGUUGUGUUCUAAAUAAUUUUACUAGUUGGCUAAAAACUGUUACGUACAUGUUUGUCAGUUGAAAGCUUCGAAGCAUGUGUUUGUUUUUUUUCUUUUUAAUGUAUAAAGGUUUGUUACAGCCCGAUAGUUAGACUGACACCUAACAACUUGUUUUCUGCUUAUGAUGUGAAAGAAGUGCCUCCGCUGGACUGAAAACAUUGUUUAAAAAAAAAAGAGAGAGAACUGCUGCAAAGUCCAUUGUGGAGGGAGAAAAAUACUUAACUGCUGCUGCUGUGUUUAUUAAACAGAAUUACAGUUAAUUGUAUAUAGCUGCUUCUGAUGUGCUACGGGUAAAUUUUAUUUGUCUGCAGGAGAAAGAAAUAAACCAGUGAUGCAGAUUCAUACGCUGGCAGUUUUUUAAAAAAAAAAAAAAAAAAAAAAAAAAAAAAAAAAAAAAAAAAAAAAACAUAAAAAAAGAUCAUGAAAUAAAACUAACAAUAGACUGCAAAGUUAAUAGCCUUGUUCCAUUGGGGAAGUGGGCCAUUUGCAAACCCUGAAGUGCCCUAGAACACUUGGCUUGUAAGGGGGGGGAGGUUCAAUGGUCUGUGUAACUAAGCACAUUCUCUUUAUGUUGUCCUUGAGGUUGUGGAGCUGAUGUACUUUCAGGUAUGUUGAGAGAGCACCCACAGACAUGUCCAGGGCAUCAGAAGGUGCUAAUUCUGUUCUGCCAAAUCAAGACUAUUAAAUGAAAUGUUUUCAUUCAUACAAUGAUUCCUUGCUGCUUAUGAUUUUCCCUUUCUGAGAUGGUCAUGCUGUGUUGCACAAACACCAUCCCUUUUUAAAGCACUACAUAAUAAAUCUUACCUGUUCUUUUAUAAACUUUUUCUUCAUCUGGCCUUGAUGCUACCUUUUUUUUUCUCCCCAGUUUUUACUAUUUGGGCACUCCAUGAAAAAGGCAGUUUGAAUAUAUAAGUCUUACACUUGCCAGUAGUCAAAUUAUACUGAUUCGAUCCAGAGUAACAAGUAUCACAUUUUAUUGAAUGUCUUAAUUCAAAGGCUGUAUUAAGCUUGACAUUGAGUUUAUAAUUGUCUGUUCCCAGCUCUCCAGUUCUUCUCCUGCACACCUUAACCAGCUCCAGCUGAUCUCAAGGUUACCUUAGGUAGAGCUGGUGUGCUAAUACCUUGAAACUUCCUUAGGGCAAUAGCUGCUGUGCCCCUUAAAAAUUCACACUCCCCUGCAGUGUGCUAGUGGCGCUUCUCAGAAGAAAGCUGUCAUAAAGGGAGGCACCUCAUUAUUUGGAAUUCUGUUCUUAAUAAUCAGGUGGUUUGAGAUUAAAUGAAGUCAUUUCACUUGGAUUCGGAGCAGUCGGGAACCACUGAAAUCAAUUCAAAGUUUUGGAGAGCGAAGGAUUUGUUUUGUUUGCAUUUGUCCUGUAUAGUGUUUGACAAUGUUUACAGGUGUACAGAAAACAGGUUUUGUGCUUCUCCCUUUGCUCAUCUGAUUAAGUGUUUAAAAUUGGAUAAGAACUUGGAAUCACCUUUUGAAUAAGCUGUUCAACGUGUGGAUUUGUAUUCAACCAAUGCAGUAAAAUAUUCAGAUAAUCCUAAUCUGUUACUCAACAUUUUUGAGUGAAGUAUCAAAUAAUACAUGUAUUCUAAUUGUUAGAUACGUUUGCAUAGAGUAACGUGUAUAUUCACACAUCUGUUAAUUCUAAUAUAUUUUGAUACUCAUAACAUAGCUAAAUGUUAGAAUUAA